AUGACCAAAUUUUAUCUUCAAUACAAGAACAACUCUCCAGUGCUUAUCGAUACAGCCCACGGAAGAGGACCACAAGGAACUCUACCUCUGAUUACUGUUUCUCAUUUGAUUUCAGCUUACAAGACUGCCACCACUCCCCUCCUUGAUGCUAUUCCUGUUGACGAACUCACUCUUCAUUUUGAGGUGUAUGGUCCAGCCAUUGCUCGAUAUGGGUUUCUAACCUCUAUUCAAUAUCCUUUUGGUUGUUACGACAGUCCACUGACUAUUAAAUCCAAGAAUGAUGUGAAUGUUGACCGUCCCUAUCAAAGACACUUUGUACAAAGUCGAGCUGAUCAAGAAUUCAUUAAAGCCAAUAAUUUGAAAUUGCAAAACCCAAAUGACGCUUUCAACUCUCAAGAUGACUUUGGCUCUAAAGACAUGUAUCAAUGCCUGGUGUAUUGCGACAAUAACUAUCAGCCUGAACUCACUGAACAUGCUAUCCAACUGUUGUAUUUCGUUCGGGUUUCUGUUUGCAACUACUUGAUAAGCAAGGGAUUCAAGGAACCUUGGCAAAUUCUUCUGGCUCAGCUCCAUCCUAUCGCAUUCUUUGGAGUUGACUUGUUUGAGCGUCUUUUUACAAUCCUUGUAAAAGAACCUGGACUUGCCCCAACUGCUAUUACAAACCCAUUUCCUUUUAUUGCCAUUGAUGAAAUCCAGGCUCUUGCAGAAGGUCUUUGUUUACAUUGCCUGCCAGGGAGUAAAACCCCACGUCCUUUCUUCUCUCCAUUGGUAUACCAUUCCAAAAUGAUGGGAGUAUUUCCUCAUUGCCUACUGUCUGCCACCAGUAUUGACUUUGAACUCAUCAAAGAGCUAGUGGAGUCCAGUGCUAUGAAGGAUGAUCAAAUCACAGAUUGUGUAGUUGUAUCAGAUUUCCAUCCUCUGACAAAGCUCGAGGUCGAACAGUAUGUUAGACAAUUUUUACAAGACCAUCAAGUCGAUCAACUGGAUGCUAUUGUAUCAAGAAUUUCAGACUUUGAAUUAUGUCAUGGAAGACCAUGUUUCAUAUCGUAUAUUCUGGGCACAUAUAUGAAAUCAAAUGAUAUUGACGCUGCGAUUAGCAAAUUUAUCACUGGGAUAUCUAAUGUUGAUGGCCAGAUUUUCCCGCUUAGAUUCUUGAAAAAUGACCUUGAUAAAAACAUUCGUUCAUUUGACAAAGUCAUUGCUGGUGAUAACCUGUCAGGACCCAUUUGCGACGCAUUUAUUGAUGCCAUCUGGAAGGGGAAAAUGCAACUUAAUGUAACUGGAAAUGACGCUGCUACUGCAAUACGUUACGGUUUGGGAUUUGGUCAGACUGUCGAUGGAACUAUAUCUUUCAUUGAAAUUCAAGAGUUGGCCGUAAUCGAGUGUCUUCGCUACUUUUUGCCCUUUGCACACACUGUCAAAAGUUUAUACCAAAGAAUUGGCUCGUAUCCUAACCCUAACCCUCAAAUGGUUGGCUAUUUGGUGGAAUACUUGGUUGCGUUUGCUUUAGUAGCCAACUAUUCUGGUUCUGAUGCUGCCAAUAGUAUCAAGGCAUCCCGAGAUUCUGCAUCCAUAUAUUUACUAUUUGGUGAUUUAGAUCAAGUAUGCUUUCCCGAUCAUAUGUGUGGACCAGAUAUCAUCUACAAGUGUGCCAAUACAAAGACUGUAUACAUUGUCCAAGUCAAAUUUGUCAAGAAAAUGUCAAAACAAGAAGCUGCAAACGCUUACAAUACUACAGAUCCUGAACGCUUUUAUUGCAAACGUAAUGGCGGUGGAGUGUCGGAAGGGUUUGAAGAAGAACGAGCUUACCUUCUUAGCACUUUGUCGGAACUACGCAAAUCAGGCUACUCAUUGCAACAGACUCUGGUUAUUCAUACUGCUGAAAAGAACCCUGUUGACGCUCAAGGUAUGGAAAUCAUCAAUAGUUAA